AUGGUUCGUUGGAUACCCUUCCUUAAUGUACCACUGCAUCGACGUCUCGAGACGACAGCAGUGGUGUUCUACUUGAUGAUCGUGCCAAUGUGCAUGCUGUUUGCAUUCUAUGCAUUGGUUAUCCCGCUGUUCUGGGGCCUCACCAUACCCUACCUCUUCUGGAUGCUGUUCAUCGACGACAGAUGGGAGCAUGGCGGUCGCCGUCUAGGACUGGUGCGCAAUCACCGCGUGUGGAACUACUUCAGAGACUACUUCCCCAUCAGUCUGAUCGCCAGCACCAAGCUGGACCCCAACAAGAACUACAUCUUUGGCUCGCAUCCCCAUGGCAUCAUCAGCAUGGGCGUCUUUUGCAACUUUGCCACUAACGCAUGCGGCGUCGAUCAGAAGUUCCCUGGCGUCACCAUCCAUCCCUUGACGCUGGCCUCCAACUUCAAAUUCCCCUUCCUCAGAGACAUCCUUAUGAGCUUUGGCAUCUCAUCAGUGAGCAGAGCAGGCUGCGACAACAUCUUACAAUCUGGUCCUGGUCAAUCAGUGUUGAUCGUCGUCGGUGGUGCAGAAGAGUCACUAGACGCGCAUCCAGGCAACAAUGAGUUGUUGCUCAAGAAGAGAAAGGGCUUCAUAAAGUUGGCAUUCGCUCAUGGUGCAUCAUUGGUACCAGUAUAUGCGUUUGGCGAGAAUGAUAUAUUCGAUCAGGUUGACAACCCAAAGGGUUCAUGGAUUAGAUCACUACAGACAAAGGUGAUGCAGAUCACUGGUAUUGCACCAGCAUUGUUUAAUGGACGUGGUAUAUUCAACUAUGACUUUGGUCUACUGCCACAUCGUCAUCGUAUCGUAUCUGUGGUUGGCGAGCCCAUCGAUGUACCAAAGAUCAACAACCCAUCAAAGGAACUUGUCGAUCACUAUCAACAACUCUACAUGGACGCACUAUCAAACCUCUUCCACAAGUAUAAGGAUGAAUACGCAAGCGAUAGUGAUGAUCUAAAGAUACAUUGA